GCGGGGACCCGGCUCCGCUCGGCUCCGGCCCGCCCGGGGAGAGAUGCUGCCGCGGCGCGCCCGGGACACUUCCCCGCCUCUCGCCGCCUGCGCUCGCCCGGCCCGGUGAUGGACUGAGACCCGCCGGCUCCCCGCACUCCCAGCACGGGGCCUCCCCGGCGUGAGGCUGGCCCAGCUGCCCGCCCAGUGGCUCCAUGACGAGGGAGGUGCCUGUCUGGAUGGUGCCCAGGUAGGGAGGAGCCAGUGCCCACCAUGCCCUACGCCCUCCCUCCUCUGCACUGCGCCCUCAAGAUGAUGUCCCGCAAGAAGGCCCUGCUGCUGCUGCUGCUGGUGCUCAGCACCCUGAGCCUGCUCAUCCACCAGAGCGCGCACCUCAACUGGUCCCCCAAGCCUUCCUCCCCGGGCUGCCCCCCAGCCCCUUCAUCCCGCCCCAAGCACACCUCGGUGACCUUCCUGAAGACCCACAAGACAGCGGGCACCACAGUGCAGAACAUUCUUUUCCGCUUCGCUGAGCAGCACAACGUGACGGUGGCACUGCCCCACCAUGCCUGCGACCACCAGUUCUGCUACCCCCGCAACUUCUCCGCCCGCUUCGUGCACCCGCACACUCUGCCCCCCCGCAUCAUCGCCAGCCACCUGCGCUUCCAGCACCAGGAGCUGCGCCGCCUCAUGCCCAAUGACACGCUCUACGUCACCAUCCUGCGUGAGCCCGUUGCCAUGUUCGAGUCGCUCUUCACCUACUACAACCAGUACUGCUCCGCCUUCAAGCGGGUGCCCAACGGCUCCAUGGAAGCCUUCCUGGCCAACCCACUGGCCUUCUACCGCCCCCAGGAGAAGUUCUCCAUGUACGCCCACAACACCCUGCUCUACGACCUUGGCGGGGACAAUGACCACAGCCCCGCCGACCCCACCUACCUGCCCAGCUUCAUCCGCCAGAUGGAGGAGGUCUUCUCGCUGGUGAUGAUCGCCGAGUACUUUGAUGAGUCGCUGGUGCUGCUGCGCCGCCUGCUCUCCUGGGACCUGGAGGACGUGCUCUAUGUCAAGCUCAACAUGCGCGGUCCCCGGUCCAAGGGCAACAUCAGCUCAGAGGCGCUGGCCGCCCGCAUCCGCGCCUGGAACGGGCUGGACGCCCGGCUCUAUGACCACUUCAAUGCCACCUUCUGGCGCAAGGUGGCACAGGCGGGGCGGGAGUGCGUGGCGGAGGAGGUGCGGGCACUGCGCCGGGCCUGCGAACAGCUGCUGCGCCGCUGCUUCGGGGGGCGGCCCCAGCUGCGCCCCGCCACGCAGAUCAAGAACAAGGAGCUGCGGCCCUGGCAGCCCAGCUCCAAGGUGGACAUCGUGGGCUAUGACCUGCCUCCACCCAUGCCCGGCUCAGGUGCCCCCCCUGACGAGCGCUGCCUCAAGCUGGCCAUGCCUGAGGUGCAGUACUCCCGCUAUAUGCUGCGCAAGCAGAGCCAGCGUACCCGCCGCAGGGCCAUGCUCCACCGCCCGCUGCCCCCCCGGGGAGUCCCGCGCCCAGCCAGGGCCCUCCCACUCCGCCACCCCACAAUGCCCAAGGCAGCCUGAACAGGGGCUGGGACCUUAGCCCAGAUUAGAGACUCACACCUGGGCGUGGGGCUGUGCAGGCAUCAUGGACCUGGUUUUCUGUGCCCCCUGCCCUCGGAUCAGCCAUGGGGAGAUCCCUUUGCUGGCCUCUUUCUCUCUCCCUGUGACAGUCCCCAUCCUGCACAACAGCCCCACUCCCUCCCCCUGCAUCCCACGUCCCUUUGGGAGGGCUGGAUCUGAACUGAAUGCCACUGAGGCCUGAUCUGGCACUGGGAAGCUCCACUCCCCACUUCCUGAGUCUGUGUCGGGUCCGUUUGCAGGUUCUGGAUGGUUUGCACAUGACCUGGAUUUGGAAAUCCACCAAUCACAGCCUGGGGACUGAGGCAUCUGGGAGCCUGGGAGGGACGCACAGCAGCUCAGCACGGAACAGCAGCGUCUCUGGUUUGGGGCCAAGAUGGUGGCCCCCCCUCCAACUCCAGCCUUUCUCCGCUAGUGCUGGCCCAUACCUCCCACUAGUGCUGCCACUCACAUGGGGACAUAGGACUGCAUGGGAGACACAGGGGCCAGCUAAACUCUGGGGAGGUGGGACUUGAACCCCUGCCCCAGGUAACAGAGCAGGGCCCCUUACACUCGCACCAGGGAUGCAGGAGAGAACCUCCCCUGUUCAGGCACACAACCACACACCCUAUCGCACACAGACAACCCCCAUCACUCGCCGAGCACACCCCACAUCACACAUAGCGCACAUAUCCUAUCAGUCCCCACCCCCACUUGUGUUUACCCACACACCUUGCACACAGUGCUUAAUCUGUAAUGAAAGAGGUGCCGGGGCUCAAGCGAUUUUUUUUUCAUUGAUGCAGCAAGCCCAGAGGUGCUGAGGCUAUGAACUGCCAAGCCCAGAGGUGCUGGGGCUCUGCCCUGAUAAGCCCUGGCCCAAAUUAAACACUGUUUGCACACAUGCACAGUGUCACACACACAAUCACUCACAGCUGGCCCCCUGUGCAAUUACAGACGCGCACACACGCACACACCCCCCUCGCCAGUGUAGUGUGGUGUGGCAAGGUGACCGUGUCUCAGCAGGGAGUGACUCCCUCCCCGGGAUCCCAAGGGGGGCACGGCCUGGCUCCUCCUGCCCCAUGAGCCAUUCCCUGGGUAAUGGGUUCCCAGGAAGAGGCUGAUGCUG